ACUGCCGUUGCUCCACCUCUCGUCGCAGCGCUCAUCGCCUUGUCUCCUCUCUGUCUCGCUCCAGGUUAAUAGCGAAUGGGCUAAAUUCAAGAAUGAUGGAUUUCCUCAGUAUCCCCAGCUGUUUAUUGUGUUUGGUGAUACAUAUGCUACUGGGGAGUAUGCAGCAAGAAAUGUAGAAGACUUGUUGAUGUCGGAGGGAGAAGACAAUGGUGUUAGUGGUGGUGUUGCGGUAGGUGAUUCAGAGGAAUUUAAUGAACACCAUAUUAAUGAGGGAGUCUUUACACCUGACAUGACUGCCACCCCAAUUCGUGAGAAGCACAAGUUACAUAGGACUCCAAAUUUCGAGAGGAGGAGAAAGAGUAACACAUAUUGUGUUAGUGGCACAUGUAAAGCCAUUCAAGAAAUGAUCAAAUUCAGGACGGGUCAAUCAACAAGUGGCUCCGUCACCUUACAUGCCCCACCACUUGUAAACCCCUACUCCAUAGGAGUUGUGGUUGCCAUCCUAAAUGGCAUGCCUAACUUGGAGCAUGAUCUUUACAACAAAGCCAUGAAUCAGGCAUGUCUUAAUGCCACUUGGAAAGAGGCUUUCAUCAUAUCUCUACCUGAAAGGAGGCGUGGACUUCUUGAAUCUCUUUAAAUAGUUGUUGAGAAAUAUGCUAUGGAUUUAUGUUUGGCUUAAUUUCA